UCUCCUCUCCAAAGUCAGCAUUUGAAUAGAGAAAAGUCAAACCUAGAGGGUUUCUGUCACUCUCUCUUCUUCGCAUGGUUUCUUCUCCGUUGUUAUAUUCUCCGAGCAUAUGCCUUUUCAGUUUUCGCCUCCUUCUAUCAUCUUUUCCUUUUUAAAAUCCUCUGUUCUCUCCCUGUGACUCUCUAAUCACUCAACUUUAAUCCUUUUCCGCCCGCCACCGGCCGCCUACCGUUCUCCGGUCACCGGAAAAUGGCUCUCCGGCGGCUAUCUGUCACCUUUUUCCUGUUCCUGCACCUCCUGGUUUCGUCUCAGUCUCUCGAUUUCGAUAAUCUACGGAAACGCCAUAGGAUCGAAGGACCAAUUAAGACCAUAGUCGUCGUAGUUAUGGAGAAUCGCUCCUUCGAUCACAUACUCGGCUGGCUCAAGUCGACCCGACCAGAAAUCGACGGGUUGACGGGCAAAGAGUCCAACCCGCUCAACGUCUCCGACCCGAACUCUCCGGAAAUCUUCGUCUCCAACGAUGCGGUGUUCGUCGACAUGGAUCCUGGCCACUCGUUCCAGGCGAUCCGGGAACAGAUAUUCGGAUCGAAUGAUACCUCCGGCGACCCGAAGAUGAACGGGUUUGCCCAGCAAGCAGAGAGCAUGGGUUCUGGCAUGGCGAAGAACGUCAUGGGCGGGUUCAAACCCGAGGUAUUACCGAUUUACACCGAGUUGGCGAACGAGUUCGCCGUGUUCGACCGGUGGUUCGCGUCGGUCCCCACGUCGACUCAGCCAAAUCGGUUCUACGUCCACUCGGCGACCUCCCAUGGAUGCUCAAGCAACGUGAAGAAGGAUCUGGUUCUAGGGUUUCCGCAGAAGACGAUCUUCGACUCACUGGAGGAAAACGGGCUCAGUUUUGGGAUUUAUUACCAAAAUAUCCCUGCCACUCUCUUCUUCAAAUCUCUCCGUCGGCUAAAACACUUGGUCAAAUUCCACAGCUACGCUCUCAAGUUCAAGCUCCAUGCGAAGCUUGGGAAGCUUCCCAACUACUCCGUCGUGGAGCAGAGGUACUUCGACGUCAACCUUUUUCCGGCGAACGACGACCACCCGUCGCACGACGUGGCGGCUGGUCAACGGUUCGUGAAGGAAAUCUACGACACGCUCCGGAGUAGCCCUCAGUGGAAGGAGAUGGCUCUGCUCAUCACUUACGACGAACACGGCGGAUUCUACGACCACGUUCCGACGCCGGUCAAGGGUGUCCCGAACCCUGACGGGAUCGUCGGACCCGACCCGUUUUACUUCGGGUUUGACCGGUUGGGCGUUCGUGUCCCCACUCUCCUCAUCUCGCCAUGGAUCGAGAAGGGCACUGUGAUCCAUGAGCCGGAUGGCCCUACACCGUAUUCACAGUUUGAACAUUCUUCUAUUCCGGCCACCGUGAAGAAGCUCUUCAACCUAAAGUCUAACUUCCUGACCAAGAGAGAUGCGUGGGCUGGAACCUUUGAGAAGUACUUUUAUUUACGCCACUCUCCCCGCGAAGAUUGUCCAGAGAAAUUGCCAGAGGUGAAAGGAUCAUUGAGGCCAUGGGGACCAAAGGAAGAAUCAAAGCUAUCAGAGUUCCAGAUGGAACUUAUCCAACUCGCCUCCCAACUAGUGGGAGACCAUCUCCUGAACUCUUAUCCAGACAUAGGGAAGAACAUGACAGUAGCACAGGCCAACAGAUACGCCGAGGAAGCAGUUCACAAGUUCCUAGAAGCUGGGAAGGCCGCUCUCCAAGCUGGAGCUGAUGAGAAUGCCAUUGUUACCAUGCGACCUUCCCUCACCACUCAAACGGGUCCAAGGUUCACCAGCAGCUUCUGAUUCUCUCUUCUUGCAUUGAUCAUGUGAAUAUAUAUAUAUAUGUAUGUAUUUAUGUAUGUAUGUAAAUAUAUGUGUUGGAAACUCAUUACAAGAUGUUCCACUACACUACUAUAUAAUAUUUAUAGACGUAAUAGAUGUGCUUGUCUGAUAAAA